AAGUCCACGUUCUCAUGUGGAGGAAGUUGCUUCACACCCAUUAAAUCACUGCUGUUUGAUAUUCAUUAAUAUAUCCCAUUUGCACCAUCAUGGCCUUAUUGGACGCGUUGGACUUUUCUGGUCAAUUCUUCUGCUUAAUAUUGAUGAGUGCUGUAAAAGCCGAUUACACUCUGUCUGCGUUUCUCUCUAUUAAUCCGGUUAAUUAGGAGCUAGUGGUCCCUGCAACUUCUGGGUUUUAAUGCAGUGAUGUGUGGAUGCCACUCAAUGCACGCACCGCCAGUUUAAACUGGAAAAGUGCGUAAACCAAGUGCGUGUGCGUCUGUAGCACAGAGAUGAGUGCAGCAGGUCACUCAGAGGUGGACCUUUGUCCAGGGUCGGGCAGUGGCCCAUUAUUUAUUCAUGCCCAUGUAUUUGACCGGCCAUCUAAUUGCGGCAGGAGGAGCCCAAUUACCCACAGCGGCCUCGAGCCGCUCAGGCUCACAUUCACAGAAACGGCAGGGUGGAUCACAUGUCAGGCCUGACUGGCGAUAUGCAUCUUAUUUACAUUUGUGCAGCUCGAAGUUGGCUUCUGCUUGGUCGCUCAGAGGUUUGAGAGAAGCUGGCUGCAGUGUGAAAAUGGAAAGAUGCUUGAUUUUGUUGCUGUGAUUACAGCCGAUAAUCUUAAUCUAAAGUUAAAUCUUUAGUGGAUGUAUUUUUUUCUUUUUUUGCUGCUGUUUGUUUAUUCGUGUAACAUGAGCGGCCAAACACCCUCUGUCACAGUGGAGUCCAGCGAUAAGACAGCGGACGACUCACAAGACGACCACAACCAGGAGACCGUCAAAGAGCCUCUGUCACUUGUGCUUCCUCAGCUCCAUUCAUCUCUGCCCUCACCAGCCGUCCCUCCAUCGGAUCAAGCCUUCCUCCAGGCAUCGCUCAUUUUCCAGCAGCUGCGCGAGGACAGGCCGGACGCGCAUCCGCGUCUGCGCUACGGGAAGAAAGUGGCGGCGCCGCUGCCCGUGUGCGGGGACCGGGCCACGCAGACGCGGGCCUACCAGCUCGCCUUCAACGCGCUCAAAUACCAAGAUUUACUGGAGGCCGUCAUCACCGACAGCUGCUUCCACGCAUCCCAGCACAUUCCCGGCGACCUGUUGCCGCUCGCGGUGGUGAUGCUGUACGACUUCCAGGACCGGAGGUUCGCGGUGCACGAGCGCUCGCCGGACGCGUCGGAGGAGGCUCUGCCGGACGUCCGGGCGCUGGAGGCCGGUCUGCGCAGGUGCAAGGUGAAGCUGGCGGCGUCGCUGGCCCGCUGCAGAGUCCGACUGGACCUGCAGAGCGUGUCCGGCUUCCUGCCCCGCUCCGUCAGAACCAGACACCGACGGGCAAAGCGCCUGCCGCUCUGCGCGUGGGUCAACGCUCUCCAGAUCAGCGUUGACGACAUGUGCGACGCGCUGCGAGGCGCCGGUUUGUCCGAGGUUGAGAACAUCGCGCAGCUCCACGAGGCGUCGUUCUGCAGAGACCCUCUCUGUCCGGACGCCCUCGUCUUCUCGCACCACCUCCGCGAACUGCUUCACGGCCACAGUCUCGCCCGCUCGCACGUGCUGAACAUACAGGACCGGAGCCUCUGCGUGGCGGCGACCGUGCUCCGGCCCCUGCUGUUCGACGGCUACGACGUCCUGGUGGCGGGCUCCUUCUCCGCCGUGACGCUCGCCCACGUGGCGGCGGUGGCCGCCGACCGGCCGGGCCGGGUGCUGGUGUGCGGCGCCGAUCACGCGCCUCCGCACGUGCAGGAGAUGAAGGAGCUGCUCACGCAGAUGGGCAUCAAGAAUGUGCGCGUCAUGUCCGCCGCGUUCUACGGUCUGGACGACUGGGACGCCACCGUCAAGCACGUGAAGGUCAUCGUGGUGCUGCCCCAGUGCUCGACCUCGGCCCUCAGCGACCCGGUGUCCACCAUCCACAGUGAGCACGGAGACCUGGAGCUGCUGACGGACCUGUCCAACGGGUCCGUGUCCAGGAGGAAAAUACAGGCGCUGGCCGCCCAGCAGGCGAAGCUACUGGCACACGCUCUCAACUGUGAAUCUCACAAGACACGAUCACGCACACACACACACACACACACACUGAGACGAAGACAGAGACAGAUCACUCUCCAAAGGCUGUUGCUCAUCCAAUGUGCGGUUACAGUCUCUCUCUCUCUCUCUCUCUCUCCCCUCUGUGUGUCAGUCUCGAAGGCUCAGACCGUGGUUUACUGCACGCGCUCAGUGUAUCCCGAGGAAAACGAACAGCUGGUGAAAAGAGUGCUGGAUAAAACACACACUCAGCCCAAACUGCUGCCCUUCAGGGUGAACGGUCCCAUUUUCCCAGACGAGUCCCAGCCGGCCUCCGACACACCGGAGUCCAAGUUCUUCAGGCUGGAGCCGUCUGAGUUCACCAACGGCUGCUUCGUAGCCCGUCUGUCCCGGCAGGCAGACCCCACUAAGGUGGAAUCUGUGCACGAUGUGCUGGCGAGGGCAGCGGCGAAGGGCCUCCUGGGUGGAAUACUUCCCGAACAAUCGAAAACGGCCAAGAAGGGCCGAAACAGGAAGAGCCGUGCGGAUUCCAGCCCCAGCCAGCCCUCGUCCCCCUCCAGCGAAGAGAGGCAGACAGGAAGCGAGCUCGCGGCUGGACGGGAUCCAGUCCUACCUUCAGAUGGCGGCGAGGUAGCCUUCAAGUGUAGCGAGGAGGAAGAGGAGCGCACAAAUGAAGAAGAGGCAGGAGAGAGGAAGGCAGAAAAAGAGAGGGGGCAGAGGCGAAAGCACAAACGAGGCCAAAGGAAAGCCCCCAAAGAGCCCAAGCAGCAAACGAAGGGCCACAAGAAGAAACGAAAGAAGAGCAAACCGAGGCGAAUCCCUCGCCUGACGCUGACGCUCAUCUCCUCCGCUCAGGCCUCCAAGCGCCUGUCUCCCAUCACCGCUGCGGCGCACAAGCUCCUCGACGACCCAGGGAUUCAGGCACAGCGGGCAGCCGGUUCUGGAGGACGAGGCCCGCCUGCUCAGGCCGCUCCACCCGCAGCCUCCACGCAGGCCAGGCCAGCGAACACGGAGGGGACGGCGACGGAUGCAGAUAAAAGAGCAGGUCCGCGUCAGGCUGUGGAGAUUAAAGCGGUGACGCGGGAGGCGAAGGCAACGGACGGGGUCCUUCCACCCAUUUCAUCCCAGUGCUUAGUGUCUGGGCAUAGUAAGAGCUCUUCAUCCCACACCUCCCAAACUCAGCUGUCCAACGUGUCUGCGUCCUCAUCCUCACUCUACCUGCCUGGAUUAUAAUGGGGGACUAUGACCAAGGCUAUUUAGUAGAAUUAUAUUAUAGCACAGCCUGUUAAUUAACUGACUGGCACAUCAAAAGGAAGCUGAGACUUUCAAGCCACUGAGUUAUUACUCAACUAACGAGAGCUAACAUAUAAAAUUGUUUGCAGAGACCAGGACCAAGGACUUUAAUCAAAGUCACAAAAAUGUGUAAAACCCAUCAGAUCAAAGAUUACUCCUGUACUGUGGUUGAACUGCUCCCAACUCGGAGCAGGAAUCAUAAGUUGCAGCAAACACAAAACAUAAAGCCAUGCAUGUUAUUAUGCUGUU